AUGAAAUUCAGAAAUCUUAAAAACUACAUUACUACAAAAGUUUUGUUUUUGGCGUUUUCGCAUUUCCUAGGUAUUUAAGAUUUGUUUUUUUUUUCUAAACUAUACACUUUACUUUUGGUGAAGUUAUUUUUUCUAUUAAUCAGGCACUUUUUAUGUCUACUUAAAACAAUAAAUUAUGAACAAUGUUCAUAUUGUGCCUAUCGCUCUUAAAAUAGUUCGACUUAGUUUCAAGGAUAUAUCAAUACGUUGCCAAUCAUCAAAACAAAAUUUAUCUUCGUACUAUGACACAUUAAACUUGAAACCAGGAUGUUCCAAAAAAGAAAUACGUAACUCAUUUAUUAAGCUAUCUAAAUUGAACCAUCCAGAUGUCUGUGGUCCUUCUUCUAAUGAUAGAUUUGUACGUAUCAAUGAAGCAUAUAAUGUACUAAUAGAUGAAAACAAGAAAAAGUUAUAUGAUGAAACAUUGGUAUACACUAAUAAUAGUAAUCCAAUUUAUUAUCAUUACCGCGAACGUCAAAAUAGUGGAAAUUGGAAAGAUGUGUACAAUAAUCCAAAAAACCAUUGGCUAGCUUCAAAUGUUGCUAUUGCAGGUGUCUGUCUUUCAAUACUAGUUGUUGGAUCCAUAAUACGAUAUAAGGUUGUAAAAAAAUCUUCCUCAAUGAGAAGUUUAUUGAUGGAUGAAUCUGAUGAACGUUUGUCCUUUUUAGAAGAACAAAAAUUAAUGAAAAUUGAUAAAACUAACGAUGAGCUUAUAAAACUGUUUGAACAAAAUAUUGCAAAAGAAUACGGUCAUAUCGUAAAAAAAUAAUUUGUUGUCACCUUGUAUUAUUUGUUUAUAGAUUAUUAUUGUUAACUCUUAUAUGUUUGAAAUAAAUUUGUUUAAA